AUCAUCACUGUGAUGAUAACGCAUAAAGCCGUGGUGACGUUUCGCGUUAUUAUUCCAUUCGAGUGUGCGCAAUAUUAAUAAUAAUAAUAAUAUAAUAAGUUACGACACUGUGAUAAUAUAUUUCGCUGGACGAAAAUACAUCGGACGCGUAUUAAAUUUCCUACACAUUGCACGACGAUAAUAAAAGCAAUAAAGCGCGAUCGGCGAGCGACACACAUCGAUCGCGAUAACGGAACAUUAUUGUUAUUAUUUUUCCGUCAUCAUCAUAUUAUUAUUCGUUCACAUUAAUUUAGCGGUCGCGAAUACAAUACAACAUCAUUAUUGUUAUUUUUCCGUGUGGAUUGCACGUUAUUAAUACGGCUCGUCGGGUGCGUCGCCAGCGAGUAGUAGUAGUCGAUCGCAACGAGCUGUCGUCCGACGACGACCGAUUGUCGAAUAUUUUAUUUCGUCGAAUUAUUUGCAAUAGUUUAUCCGAACGGUUUACUUUUUUUUUUUUUUUUUCUGUUUUUCAAAUUUCUUCGCGCGGGUACGGGCGAAUACGCACGUGGACCGAUUUUCCGCCCCGAAAAUUCGUCGCCGUGCACGUUUUUUUCGAAUAUCAUUACCGGGUUUUUUUUUUCCUAACAAUAUUCUCAAUACACCUCCUACGACGGACACGCGAGUUUUUCAAAUUCUUCUCCUCCGUCCGCCGUUUUUUCGGCGGCACUAUGCCUUACCUGUUACCCGCGCACGUAGUCAUGGAGAUGCAGAUAAGCAACGCGUCCGAGUUCCCGUUGUACCACUCGAUGGCGACGGGACCGCACUCGUUCCAGCUCCCCGGCGCCAUACCACCCGUCAGCACCAUACCGUCGUACAAGAACACCAUGUUCCCCGACCGGUUGGGGGGCUUCUAUUACGACGCGGCCGGCGUCACGCACGCCAUGCCCGCCGAACGGUGCGACCGGUGCUACGUCGAGCUGUCAGUGAUCGGCAGUGGCCACCACUUCGGCAAGAAGCUGUGCGGCAUGUGCGCGGCCAAGGAACAGCAGGUGUCGCCCAAAGUGGAGACCGAAAUACUGGACCUAGACUCGCAACAGGUCAUGUCGCAGCAACAGCAACAACAACAACAGCAGCAGCAACAACAGCAGCAACAGGACACGACCAAAGGGUUCUUGCAGCACGGCGGCGUGGGCGUCGUCGUGCCUCCCGGUUACGACAGGCCGCCGCAACCGCCGCCGCCGCCGCCGCCGGCGGUCGAGUGGCCCGGCUACUUUCAGCCGCAGCAGAACACGCUCGGCGAACACCUGUCCCCCGACUACAACAACGUGUCGACCACGACCACCACACCGCCGACGAUGAUGGGCGGGUCACCGCCGUCCGACAUGCAGCAACAGCAACAGUACCAGGCCAACUUCGACGGUGGCGGGUACGCGGUCGACUCGAACCAACAGCCCGGCGGAGGCGGAAGCGGAAGCGGCGGCGGGUCCGGGUCCGGGACCAAGGGCAACGGGUCGUGGAAGUCGAACGAGGCGAGGCGCGCCAAGACUUACGAGUGUCCGGCUUGCGACAAGUGGUUCACCAGUUCGGGUCACCUGAAACGGCACUACGGCACGCAGCUGCACAAGAACGCGGUCAAGCAGAGCGGCAAACCAGAUCCCGCGCUUUUGCCCAUGAAACAUCACUAUCACCCGUACCGGGACCCUGCAUACGUAGCGCAGCAGAAGCUCAAGCAGCAGCAGCAGAACGGCUCGUCGUUGCACAAGCAACAGUCGUCCAUGAUGAUGCCAGCCGACUUCCGCCCCGUCACGUCCACUUCAUCGUUCAACACCGAUUCUUUUUUAGAGCUGACUCCCCCAAACCUGACAGCAAGCCUCUCGGACAGUUUGGGGGGAACCCAAUUCCUACCGGCCCGUCGGCCGGUCAGCAACAGCAGCAGCAGCAGCAACAGCAACAACAGCAGUACGGCCGGUUUCACGGACGAGAUGCAAAUUUCUUCUUACCCCAACAACAACAGCAACAGCAACAAAUACCGGGCGGACCCAACGGUGGUCCGUACGGUGGCCCGCCACCAGGCCACGUCGUUCCACGGCCACCGGCAGUCGACGGCGGGUCAACAAGCGCUUUCGGCAUACCUGCACCACCCGAUCACGGAUACCAUCCAGCCAUACACCACCCAGGUUUCUAUGAUCCAACAAGCUACCAACACGGAUUUGUACACCACUAUGCCCGACAGUAACGGCCGUGGCGGCCAUCUGUAUCAUCGCCAGCUGCAGGAGCAGCCGUACCAUCUCAGCACCGGGGUCGUCCGCAAUCCGCAUCAGCACCAAUUGCCGCCACUGCCGCCGUCGCUCCACAGCCAGCAGCAGCACCAGCACCACCACCACCACCUCCACCAGCGAACCAUCAUCGAUUAUCAACAGCCGUCGUCCACGACGGUGCCGCCGCCGUCGUCGCCGUACCAACAACCGCAAACCCAUCAGCGUCAGUUGCACGUGUUGCAGCACCGCAACAUCAAACAGGAACCCGUCGAACUGGUCGAAUACAACAACGUCGACGACACUCCGUUGGCCAGCCCGGACUCGAGCAUUGAUCACCACCACCAUCAACACCUCCAACACCAACAACUGCACCACCACCACCGCCCCCAGUACCAAGGCCUGCUGGUGAUGGCGCCCAUAUCGCCGUCGUCGCCGCCGCCGUCGGUGCCUUUUCCUACACACCAGCAGACCGUCACCGACGACGACACGAUGGUCAGCGACACGUUGAGUAAUUUUUACGGAAUAUCAGGAUACUAA